UAGUUAGGGAGGGCGGGGUAGAAGUGAGCGUCUAAGCUGCUCUUGGGGAAGAGGAAAGCUGUGGUUCCCCCCGGGGUCCAGGGAUUGUGGUGAGAAGUGCUUCUGAAGAUUGGCCCAAGCCCCUUUUUGUCGCGCCUCUCCACACCAAGCAUCCUUCGCUGCCCGCCCUGGAACUCGCAGGCUGGUUUUGUUUGGCCCCAGCUGUCCCUCCCGUUUCGCCCGCUCCCGCCAUCAGUGCCUUAGUUCCUGAAACAGCAGACCUCUCACAGCUGGAACUGCGGGCCAGGCAAGACCCGGGCGGCAGACGGCGCCCACGAGUUUGGCGACAUCUGCCCGCCUGGGUUGGCGCCCCGCGCGUCUUGCCUCUCGCUAGCAAAGUUUCUCCGUAGAAAAGAAGCCCCUCCAGCUUUCUCUUGAUUCUGUAGCGUGCGCGCGCGCGCUCUGCUUCUCUCCCCGGAGACUGCGCUCAGGGACAGGGUUGUGGCAUUUCCUCUGCCCCUAGCCCGGCUGCCUUGGGGCGGAGCUUGGGGAAUCCGAAGAGCCAUCCAGAGAACCCUCGACUCAGCGCGAGUCCUGAGACGGCGCCGGCGAGCGGGCGAGCUAAAAGGCACAGCCUAGCAAUAGCUAGGGUAACUAGGCACUGAACUGAAUCCCCGAAGGGACGCUCAGGCUGCGCCCCCUCUUCUGCCCUGGCUCAGUUCUCGGCUGAUUUGAGAGGGCACACUGGUCAACACGCCUCACGAGGAGCUGCUGAGUGUCGGUGCUGGGACAAAGUGGCUACCCCUCUGCCUGGGGGUCUGCAAAAGAAGCCACCACGGGAACAGCUGUUCCCAUGGCCUUUCAAGAGCCUGGAAUUGGACUCUGGACUGGGCGCUAAGAUGAUUGCUUUUGCCUUGUCCAGCUUUCACAGCACGUAUGUUGACGAUGGAAUUCUGGGCCAAUCAAGAGUCAAGUUCAAAGUGGUACUCCUGGGCUCUCCAUCCCAGACUCCAACAAGUCUAAUUUGAGACUAGAAGAGAGGGGUCUCCUGCUCUAACUAGUAGAUCUCCAUUCUGGAAUUGGACUUGACAGCUCUCUUCACCAAUACUUGGACAGCAGUGGCUACAGGGUUCUCUUGGGGGCUGAGGAUUGGGGGGUGCUCUGAAGACGAGACCACAACACUCAGAACCUCGACAAUGGACCAAGUUUAUGAAAUUCCUGAGGAGCCAAGUGUGGAUCCGAUUUCAUCUCUGGAGGAAGAUGUCAUCCGUGGGGCCAACCCCCGAUUUACCUUUCCAUUUGGCAUCCUAUUCUCCACCUUUUUGUACUGUGGGGAGGCUGCAUCUGCCUUGUAUAUGGUUAGAAUCUAUCGAAAGAAUAGUGAAGCCUACUGGAUGACAUACACUUUUUCCUUUUUUAUGUUUUCAUCCAUUAUGGUCCAGUUGACCCUCAUUUUUGUCCACAGAGAUCUGGCCAAAGACAAGCCGCUAUCAUUGUUUAUGCACCUAAUCCUCUUGGGACCUGUUAUCAGAUGUUUGGAGGCCGUGAUUAAGUACCUCACACUGUGGAAGAAAGAGGGGCAGGAGGAGCCCUAUGUGAGCCUCACCCGAAAGAAGAUGCUAAUAAAUGGCGAGGAGGUGCUGAUAGAAUGGGAGGUGGGCCACUCCGUCCGGACCCUGGCUAUGCACCGCAAUGCCUACAAACGUAUGUCACAGAUCCAAGCCUUCCUGGGCUCAGUGCCCCAGCUGACCUAUCAGCUCUAUGUGACCCUGGUCUCUGCAGAGAUCCCCCUGGGUAGAGCUGUGCUAAUGGUCUUUUCCCUGAUAUCUGUCACCUAUGGGGCUACCCUCUGCAAUAUGUUGGCUAUCCAGAUCAAGUACGAUGAAUACAAGAUUCGCCUUGGGCUACUAGAAGUCCUCUGCAUCACCAUCUGGCGGACAUUGGAGAUCACUUCCCGCCUCGUGAUUCUGGUGCUCUUCUCAGCCACCUUGAAGUUAAAGGCUGUGCCCUUCUUAUUGCUCAACUUCCUGAUCAUCCUCUUUGAGCCUUGGGUUAAGUUCUGGAGGAGUGGUGCCCAGAUGCCCAAUAACAUUGAGAAAAAUUUCAGCAGGGUCGGCACUCUGGUGGUGCUGAUUUCCGUUACUGUCCUCUAUGCUGGCAUCAACUUCUCUUGCUGGUCAGCCUUACAGUUGAAGUUGGCAGACAGGGACCUUGUUGACAAAGGUCAGAACUGGGGACAUAUGGGCCUGCACUAUAGUGUGAGAUUGGUGGAGAAUGUGAUCAUGGUCUUGGUUUUUAAGUUCUUUGGAGUGAAAGUGUUACUGAAUUACUGUCAUUCCUUGAUUGCCUUGCAGCUCAUUAUUGCUUAUCUAAUUUCCAUUGUCUUCAUGCUCCUUUUCUUCCAGUACUUGCAUCCAUUGCGCUCACUCUUCACCCACAACAUAGUGGACUACCUCCACUGUGUCUGCUGCCACCGGCACUCUCGUGGCAGGGUUGAGAACUUGGAGCCAUCCUUUGAUGCUGAAACAAGGCAAAGCAUUGUCUGAUUCUAUCUUCUGGCUAUUUGGGGAUAGGUUGGGGGUUGCCAAGGGCUACUGCAAAACUGAAGGAGAGAAUGAGGCUCAUGGGUGAAUACCCAUCAGAACAUUUUCUUGAGUUUUCUGGUAAAGCCCAUCAGAAGAAAGAGCAGCCCCCAAAUAGGGUUUAUUUCCUGAAGAUUGACUGCUGCGUUUGGACACCAGGGGUAGCCACUAUAUACCUGGAAGGAUCAGAGAUCUCAUUCAUACUCCUCCCACCCAGGUCAGCUCUCUGGCUGCCCUAUGGGAUAACUUACCUCCAUGCAUGUAAGACUCUCUGUGACCUUCUAGCUCUGCUCAUUUGCUUGAGGCGUUACUGAGCUUUCCCCGGGCUGAGCUGAAGGCCCAGAAUCCCACCAGAAUCUAUCCUGACUAAUCAGAGGAUGUAACCGCUUACUAGCUAUGGGACCUUCCCAGGAGACAAUCUGAUUAAUGUGGAACCUGUAACUGUAAGCAUGGCUGAGGUCUUUUAAUUCCAAUGAGAAACUCUGGUUAAGAAGAAAACCCCGACUAUUAAAAGAGCUGCUCCCCAGAUGAGUUAGCUCUCCAUUAGGAUAUUACUAGUGAUCAUUCAUCAAGGACCUCUCUUUUCAGCGGCCCUUCAUAGACACACUCUGAGGAGGGAGUGCAGAGUAGGAUUCCUUUGGGGUGUAAGUCAGAAUGACUCUUUUUCUCAGAGACCUGCAUGGGCCUCCAGCUUGUCGAGUGGAGUGGUUGAGUAAAAUCUCUCACAUCGUGCCUCGUUAUCAGGGACUCCCUCCAACCCAGCUUUUCUAUGCUCUUGGCAUUUUACUACUUGAUGUGGACCUCAGAGAAGCUGAACUGUAAUCAAAAAUGUUUCUAAUGUGUGGAAGAAAUGAAGACUGCUUUGUGUC